AUGGAGCGGCACAAGUGGCACUGCCUCCACCGCAUCCUCAAGUGCUCUGGUCAAGGGAUAGGCCUCUAUCUAGACUCGGUGAAGAAGGUCGAGUGGAGUGCUUGUGCUUGCAACGAGGGAAGGAUAUCCGUGAAUCCUGACAAGUUCAUGGAGAUGAUGGUUCUCGACAGUUGCUUUGUGAUCGAGAUGUUCCAGGGAUUGGACGAGGGGUUUGAGAAUCUCGGCUACUUUCCCAAUGACCCUGUCUUCUCAAUGCGGGGAUCGAUACCCCAGAUCCAGUGGGACGUGAUCAUGCUCAAGAAUCAGAUCCUGCUCUUCAUACUCGAUCAGCCACUCAUUCUCCAGCUCAGCGACCCCAACCAAAAGGAGUGUGUGGCCGAGACGCACAUCCCAGGAUUGGAGUUCGACCAGUUAUACGACCAUGGCAAGGUCCAUUGCCUUGAAGGGUUCCGGAGGAGCCUCAUGCACUUGUGCCCGAAGCGGCCCAGAAGCAAGCGAUUGCUGCAAUGUUGGCCACAGUUCACAUACUGCUUGACCAAGCUCCACGAAGCUAGGCUCAAGAUGAGGUUGGAUCUUGAGAGUUUUUUGGGGGACAUCAAGUUCGAGGACGAGAUCCUCAGGAUCCCGCAUCUGGGACGAGGUCGCUCUUCCUCAACUUGA